AUGCAACUCAAGGAGUUCAUCGGGCGCAUUCCCAAUUACGCGAUAUUGUCGCACACAUGGGGCGCAAACGAGAUCACCCUCCAGGAUCUUCAAUCCGGGGGUGUCAAACUCCAGUCAAAGCAGGCUUUCCACAAAAUUGAGGCUACAUGCCGCCAGGCCAAUCGCGAUGGUCUUGAAUAUGCGUGGAUGGAUUCAUGCUGUAUCGACAAGACCAGCAGCGCCGAACUAGGCGAAGCUAUCAACUCUAUGUAUCGGUGGUAUCAAGACUCUGCAGUGUGUUAUGCUCACUUAGAGGAUGUUGAGGAUGAUAAUCUAAGUCGCAAUGGGGUAUCUUUGGGUCAAUUUGCAAGCAGCCGAUGGUUCAAUAGGGGAUGGACGCUGCAAGAGCUCAUCGCGCCGAGACAAGUUGAGUUUUACAACGCCCAGUGGAAAAAGCUGGCCGAAAAGAGCUCCAUAGUCAGUGAUCUAGAGAGAAUCACUGGAAUUGAUGAGUUCGUUCUUAGAGGGGGGUCGCCCCAAAGAGCGAGCGUCGGUCGACGGAUGAGUUGGGCCGCAGGAAGAAAAACAACCCGAGUCGAGGACAUCGCCUAUUCACUUCUUGGUAUUUUCGACGUGAAUAUGCCUCUGCUAUACGGAGAAGGAGCGGAUGCAUUCGCGCGGUUGCAAGAGCAGAUUUUGCAACAGUCUGACGAUCACACGCUCUUUGCGUGGCGCGCAACGUCACCCUCUGGACCCGAUGAACCUCUUCGUGGCCUUUUGGCGCAGUCCCCGGAUGAGUUUUCCAACUUCAGAGAUUGGCCCAAUCCACACAACGAUAACAUUGUCCAAAUAUGGCCGCGAAGCCCGGUGGGCGUGUCGAAACGAGGGAUUCACUUCACGUCCAAGACGAAAGCCCUUGGGCGGCGAAGCAUUCUGGACAUAUUGCUUUUCCGAUCCAACCCGUCGUCAAUAAUUCUUCCCUUAAACUGCAGUAUAGGCGGCGACCCGCAACGCGUGGUGGGAAUCUACUUGGACCUGCAGGAUGGCAACAGAUACGCCCGAGCACGGCCAUCAGAACUUGCGGAUAUAACGAUCCCAGGUGGCCGACGCAUGGCGAUCUGCGGUAUCCGCACAUCAUCAGACCUUAGAAUCGGAUAUUAUGACAACCCAUGGGGAGCUCGACCUCCAGGGCUCAGCGACAUAGAAACACUGCAUGUUGGUGCUACAAGUCUCAAUCCUCGGCGAAACACGACUCCGAUAGGAUACUACCUCGCUGGCAUCUUCACGGCCGAGGAAGAGGGGGGUCCAUUGAGAUGCUACAGCUACCAACACGAGUACCGCGAGGGACGGGCACUCAACUCGGCGCUCUUUCUUCAACUGCAGAGACACCGGCGGUGGACGUUGUUACUGAAAGGGAGAUCUGAGGGUGACAUCGUCUUAGUCACAUUCUGGGUCUUCAAGGAGAGAGAUCUCAAGUUCGAUGCGGUCAGGCUACAGCCUUCGGAACUGCAAAACGACUCGGGUGCCAUAACUAACAAACUGCGGACCGUAGUGGCUCCUGAGAGGCACUGCGUAGACAAAUACAUUCACAUGACGGAUCGUCGUCGAGAACUCAGGCUUCGCCUAACAGAGACUGAAGUGCAAGGGCACAAAACGUGGGACCUGGGCAUUCGCUUGGUAGACAGAGGGUUCUGGAUUCGCAUACUAGUUGGUGUAGAGACGACUGCUUUUACUGGGGCGUGCGCCGUCUCUUCGUUCCCUUUCAUCAUAUAG